AAAACACCCACCUCACUUCAACUGCAACAGAUGAAAAGACCUCCCUGGCCCAGAACUUAAAGGAAAAUGGGUGAUAUAUGACACAGCUUCCAGUGGAUUAAGAUGUGCAUUUUUAUACUUACAGGAGGAAUAAAACCCUUUACUCCUUCAGAAAUCUCGGGAAAAUGAAGAGACCGUUGUCUGUUGCUGUGAUAUUGAAGGGAAUCCCUGAAUAGGCAGUGGGAGUUCACGGUUCCACUCUGCUUGCAGUGAGCACAAUUCAGACCUUAUUUUGGACACUACGACUCGUCCUUAUGGGCUGUCUCAACCUCACCAGCAGAAAUGAGACUUUACCUGGCAAACAGCCUUUUACUGUGCAGACAUCGGUGAUGCUCACCAUCCUGGUGGGCAUACUCAUUUUACUAACUGUGUUUGGAAACAUCAUGGUAGUGAUUGCAGUGAGCACAAGCCGAGCCCUGAAGGCAUCCCAGAACUUGUUUUUACUCUCUCUGGCAUGUGCAGACAUUCUGGUUUCCACUUUAGUGAUGCCCUUCUCCUUAGCAAAGGAACUCAUGGGCUACUGGUACUUUGGUACAGUGUGGUGUGAAAUCCACCUAGCUUUGGAUGUUCUAUUUUGCACUUCAUCCAUUGUUCACCUGUGUGCCAUUAGCUUGGACAGGUACUGGUCUGUGACUAAAGCCAUCGAGUACAACCUGAAGCGGACGCCUCACAGGAUUAAAUGCACAAUCUGUUUGGUUUGGCUGCUUGCAGCCUUAAUUUCAUUCCCUUCGCUUAUAACGGUGACAAAGAAGGAGGGCGGAAGGGACAAUCUUGUGUGCAAGAUCAAUGAGGUGAAAUGGUAUAUCAUAUUCUCAAGCACUGCAUCCUUCUUUGCACCCUGUGUCAUUAUGAUAAUGGUGUAUAUCCGGAUCUACCAGGUUGCUAAGAAAAGAACAAGAACCUCACCAGGAGAGAGGCAAAAAGAGAAUAGUAACUUAGAGAACAUAAAAUUUGGUAUGGACCCCCAAGAAAAACAGAAAAAAGACAGAGAUGAACUGAAAGAUGGAGAAGAGGUCUGUGGAUUGGAUGUGGAGGAAGAACCAUCCUCUUCUGAUGGGAAUGAAAUAAAUCUAUGUUCCUUGAGGAAAAAGAGGAGUGGGAGAACUUCCAAAGUGACUCAGGUGAAACCUAAAGAAACUUGUCCAAAGGUGGAGGAUCUGUCCACUGUGAGAUCGAGCAAGUGGAAGGGAAGGCAGUACAGAGAGAGGCGCUUCACCUUCGUCCUGGCUGUGGUCAUGGGAGUGUUUGUUUUAUGCUGGUUCCCCUUUUUUUUCACAUACUCGCUCACCGCCGUGUGUGACACCUGCUGCGUCCCAGAGACACUGUUUAAAACCUUCUUCUGGUUCGGUUACUGCAACAGCUCACUAAAUCCUGUUAUAUACACCAUUUUCAAUAAAGAUUUCAGGAAGUCAUUUAAAAAAAUCCUUUGCAAAAGGAACACAGGAGGUUUGUAAUUUUUAACAUGUGCAUUAUGCUUUUUUUUGCAGCAUGCUAGUUUUAGAGACUUUAUAUUGUAUUAUGGACAACUUUUUUUUCCAUUGUUUUAACUUUUUUAACAGUCAGCCAUGUUAAUCAAACAACUAUAUGUUCAUGUUUAUGAUUAUUAUAAUAAUGCCAUAAAGACUCAUAGUUCAAAUUCAAACUGACAGGGCUUUAUCAAAUGUGUAUUUUACAUGAUUCUGGGAGAACACAUUAUAUUUGCAAUAUGUUACAAAGUAUAAAUCUCCUUAAAUGUCAAAGUUUGUAAAAAAGCAUAGCCGGGGAGACUAUUUAUUGCUGAAAACUGAAUAAUACCUUCUGCAGCAGCAGUCAUUCAGCAAGAGAAAUUAAAUGCCAAAAUGAUGCAAGAUAGAACCCAAACAGACCUGUUACAGAUACUGUUACAGCUGCCUUUUCGGAGGUAGCCAAGAUUGUACGGGGACCUAAUUAUUUUCAGUUAAGCCCCCCCGGCUGCCACCACACCAGUAAUCUCUUUUAAAUUGUCCAACUUUGAUUUUUCGCAUGUUUUGCAUUUAAUAUCCUUGGUUUCACUGCUGACUAGCAAGCCAACAAUUACAUUGACAAUAUCACAGAAUGUGUUGUACUUGACCCUCACAUUAUUUGCUACAUAUUUUUAAAUAAAUAAACAGCUGUAAGUAAAGCGGCUCACGAAAAUAUUCACACUGCCUGAAAAGUUUCACAUUACAAAAAAAACUUUGGUGUACUUUAUUGGAAUUUUAUGCCAUAGCCCACCACAAAGUAGUGCAUGAUUGAGAAAUAAAAGGAGAAAAAAUAAAAAUAAAAGUCUUAAAAUGUGUGAUGUGUAUUUGUAUUCAAAGUUUGCUUUUCCUCAGGCCUGUUCUGCACCUUGCAUUUAUUCAAGCAACUGUUAGGGAUUUUGCAUUACCACAAACCUUUUUUUCUAUAAAAACAACUGCUGGAAGAAACUACUUGGAAUGGUGUAUUUCCAUUAUUAUUGCCUAUUUCCAUGUUUCUUUCCAAAUGUUUUCCCCCUUUAACUGUAGGAAGUUGAUUUCUUCUGGUUUUAGUGCACAUGAAUUUGGAAAUUUCAACCACGACUGCUGUAAGGUGUUAAAGUGCA